AGAAAUGAAGCGGAAGAUGCUUUGAAUGGAUCCCAGUUAAAUGACUUUUUAAAGAAUCUUUUACCAUCUAAUAAAUUUAAUUUGCGCAUUGCCUUUGUCGGAGCUAUUGUAACUCGCCUAUAUGGAAUUAAUGCAACACGUAACUUGACUAAAACUGAAAAUGAUAUGAUUGGUAAUUUACGAAUGUGUUUGGAUACAAUUAAUUUAUCGCCAGUUUAUAAACAAAUUGUGAUAAAACUUUUGAUUAAUGAAGAUCCUAUGCUACGGAUUAACCAAAACGUUGAUUAUAAAAAUUUGUUGAUUCGUUUAGUCAUCAUUCACAUUCUUGCUGUUCACGCGUCAUUUCCAGAUAAUUAUUCGCCAUUGACACUAUAUCUUCACAGACUGCAGGAUGCUAUAGGUACAUACGUACUAACCUGCCAAUAUGAUGAGGUCGCAAUGAUAAUGUACGCCCUUAAGGAACUCACAUGGUAUCAGUGUAUAUGUGGACAUAAAUAUGUUGUUGGUGAAUGUGGUACAACUAUGGAGGUAGCAAAGUGUCCAGGAAAUAAUCGUGGUUACCAAAUUGGAGGGAAAAAUCAUAUAACAGCAAUGUGUCAAACAAGAUUAAGUAAAGAUCAGGUACAAAAAUUCACUGUUAAUGGUGAUCAAACUGGUUAUAUAAUGGAAGCAGGCACAUCAGAACGUGGCAAAAAUGUUCGCGAAAUGACUGCAGCAUCAUAUCGAAUCUUGCACCUUUUUAUUCAUGCUCUUAUUGCCAACUCUGCACAUUCACAAAUAUUCUUGAAAAAUAUUUUGGAUCCUAUUGCAUAUUGUUUGGAUCAUAUCUCUAAAGACUGGGAAGUAUUAAAAGCUCUUUUCAAUUGUGAUGACGAAGAUUUGGCUUUAAUUUUACAUGAUAUGCUUCAUUCGAUCACACAAGAUCCAAUUCAAAAUAAUACUAUAUUAACGACACCAGAUGGACGAUUAAAGUGGGAACGUCAAUUCACCGAACAAUACAUAAAUAAAAGAGCCAAAAAUCCUACCGCUACUGCGAUGAAUUUGCGUAACAAACUCCGGAUGACUGAAGAAGAAAAUCAUUACUUUUUAAAAGAGAAAAAAGCGUUUUACGUUCUGAACAUUAAUAUUUACAGAAACCUUAAUGUUGUAAAACGUUUAUAA